AUGAAGGAGAUGUCGCGCUAUCUGUGGCCCAAGGGCGAGGUUGGCACCAAAGUGCGUGUCGGGCUGGCUGUCGCUCUGCUCAUCGGCGCAAAGGUCCUCAACGUGCAGGUGCCCUUCUACUUCAAGAGCAUUGUGGAUUCGAUGAACAUUGAUAUUGCUGCGGUUGGCGGCACGGCAACGACGGUGGCGGGAGCCAUGAUCAUCGCAUACGGAGCCACCCGGAUAGGCGCCACCGUGUUCCAGGAGCUGCGAAACGCCGUCUUCGCCUCGGUUGCGCAAAAGGCCAUCCGGGGAGUUGCGCGGAACGUCUUCGAUCACCUACUGCGGCUCGACUUGAGCUUCCACCUUUCCAAGCAGACGGGUGGCCUCACGCGGGCCAUGGAUCGCGGUACCAAGGGCAUCAGCUUCCUCCUCACCAGCAUGGUCUUUCAUAUUCUCCCGACGGCAUUGGAAAUCAGCAUGGUGUGCGGCAUCCUCACGUGGCAGUAUGGCUUCAAGUUCGCAGCCGUGACAGCAUUGACCAUGGUCGGAUACACGGCGUUUACCAUCUGGACGACGGCUUGGAGGACAAAGUUCCGCAGACAGGCCAACGCUGCCGACAACCGAGCUUCGACAGUGGCCGUGGACUCGCUCAUCAACUAUGAGGCCGUCAAGUACUUCAAUAAUGAAAAGUUCGAGGUUUCGCGCUAUGACAAGGCCUUGAGGGAAUACGAGAAGAGCUCCAUCAAGGUAGCAACCUCCUUGGCCUUCCUCAACAGUGGACAAAACAUCAUCUUUUCCACAGCUUUGACCGCCAUGAUGUACUUUGCCGCGGAGGGAGUCGCUGCGGGGACUCUGACUGUUGGAGAUCUCGUCAUGGUGAACCAGCUUGUGUUCCAGCUUUCCGUUCCUCUGAACUUCCUCGGCUCUGUGUACCGCGAACUACGGCAGUCUCUCCUGGACAUGGAGACGCUGUUCAACCUGCAAAAGGUGAACGUCAACAUUGUGGAGAAGCCCAACGCGAAGCCCCUGGCCUUGGUCAAGGGUGGAGAGAUCAAGUUUGAAAACGUCAGCUUUGGAUACCAUCCUGAAAGGCCCAUUCUCAAGGACCUCACGGUCACGAUUCCCGCUGGAAAGAAGGUUGCUGUUGUCGGCCCCAGUGGCUGCGGCAAAUCGACUCUCCUUAGACUCCUGUUCAGAUACUAUGAUGUCCAGAGUGGUCGUAUCCUUAUUGACGACCAGGAUAUUCGGGAUGUCACUGUCGACUCGCUUCGUAAGGCCAUCGGUGUUGUUCCUCAGGAUACCCCUCUCUUCAACGAUACCGUCGAGCACAACAUCCGCUAUGGUAUGAUUGAUGCUUCGCACGAACAAGUUGUCGCAGCCGCAAAGCGCGCUCGCAUCCACGACAUCAUCGAGAAGUUCCCAGAAGGCUAUCAGACCAAGGUCGGUGAGCGAGGCAUGAUGAUCUCUGGCGGCGAGAAGCAGCGAUUGGCAAUGAGCAGACUGCUCCUCAAGGACCCUCCCUUGCUUUUCUUCGACGAGGCAACCAGCGCGCUGGACACGCACACUGAGCAGGCUUUGAUGAUGAACAUCAACGGCAUCCUUCGCGAAAAGGGACGCACAAGUGUCUUUGUAGCCCAUAGGCUGCGGACCAUUUUUGACUCGGACUUGAUUAUUGUACUCAAGGAGGGGCGAGUUGCGGAGAUGGGCACCCAUAGAGAGCUCAUUGACCGUGCGGGCGUCUAUGCUGAGCUCUGGAGUGAUGAAGAGGUUGCUGAGAAGAAGAAUUAG